GAGUCGAAUCGUAGUAUGUGUUUAAUCUCGUUCGUUCAGCUCGUUUCGUUCAAAUGUUCGCAUUGUGGCAUUAGUCUUUGACGAAAGCGGAUGCGGAUACGUUCAGACGCGGUUUUCAAAACGGUUAAAAUUAAAAGCGUUUAACAAAGUUCUACUUGAUACAAAGUUUUUCACACACACUCAAGCACGCACAAUUUUCAUUCAUUGUUUCUGCGAUCACUGCUUUUAAUUUGAAUUGUUUUGUAGUGUAAUCAAUCGAUUGUAUGAAACUAUUUUGUUGCGGCUCAAUUGUGUUUAAUUCAAAAAUUCUUAAAGAAUUUUCAUUAAUAUCGUGUUUUUUUAAAAAGAAAUAUCGUUUUGUUUUGUUUCAUAGUUUUGUUAAUUCAUUUGUUUAACAAAUAAAAGUUUUAUUAAUUUUCAAAAAAGUAACAGUGCCAUAUAUGUAUGUGAUUUUUUGCCAAUUCCUGUAAGGAAUUUCAAAAUAAUAAAAAGUUAUAUUAUAAAAUUUAUUAAAGAUAACUUAAUAGCAAUUUAACCAAUGCUAUUUUGCAGAUUAAAUAUUAAAACAUAUCCAGCGGAGUUAUAAAUAAAAAGAUUUUCUAUGGUUAUGGCUAUAGCGUUACUAGUGGCAAUUGCCAUUCUACUGGUCUUCUAUUGUAAUUUCGAUUUGCGUAAAUUUUCGGAAAGUUACAUUAAACCGCUGCUAAUUAAACCCGAUCAGCUGAGUAAGUUUGCCAACGAUUCAGAGGCUUCGAUAAUAACGGACAGUGAUUACUAUCAUGCUCAAGAGAUACGGCCCAAACGGGUGUGGGAUAUACCGGGACCCAGGUCGUUGCCUUUGUUAGGAACAAAAUGGAUUUUUAUGGUGUUUUUUCGUAAAUACAAAAUGUCUACUUUGCACGAAGUGUAUGCGGAUCUUAAUCGCAAAUAUGGCGAUAUAGUUUUAGAAGUAAUGCCUUCUGGCAUACCUAUAGUGCAUUUAUUCAACAGAUCCGAUUUGGAAAAAGUGCUGAAGUAUCCCAGCAAGUAUCCCUUUAGACCACCCACGGAAAUUGUGGUCACCUAUAGACGUUCGAAACCCGAUCGUUAUGCCAGUGUGGGCAUAGUAAAUGAACAGGGUCCUACAUGGCAGAAAUUACGUUCAUCGCUUACCUCCUACAUAACAUCGCCCAGAAUUUUGCAAAACUUUUUGCCAGCCUUAAAUUUGGUGUGUGAUGAUUUCAUAGAUGUCUUGAAGGCACACCGAGAUCCCAACACCUUUGAGGUGCGCAACUUUGAGGAUAUAGCCAAUUUAAUGGGCCUAGAGGCUGUCUGCACUCUUAUGCUGGGCAGACGUAUGGGCUUCCUUACCGCCAAUGCUGAGCAACCGGAAAAAAUCAAACAACUGGCGGGUGCCGUUAAGCAAUUGUUCAUAUCGCAGCGUGACUCCUAUUAUGGUUUGGGUCUGUGGAAGUAUUUUCCCACCAAAACCUAUCGCGAGUUUGCCAAAGCCGAGGACACUAUUUACGAUGUGAUUUCGGAAAUGGUGGAUAAAGCGUUGGAAGAGAAUAAUGCCAAUUUCAUGCAUCACGACGAUGAGUUACGCAGUGUCUUCCUGAAUAUACUGGAGAUUAAAGAUCUGGAUAUAAGAGAUAAGAAAUCGGCGAUUAUAGAUUUUAUAGCAGCCGGCAUCGAAACGCUGGCCAAUACUUUACUAUUUGUUUUAAGUUCUGUUACUAGUAAUCCAGCGGUAAUUAGCCGAAUUCUAGAGGAGUUCCGAGAAUAUCGCAGUACUUUAAUUUUACAAGACGCUUUUACAAAUGCCACAUACACAAAAGCCUGUAUACAGGAGUCGUAUCGCAUCAGGCCAACGGCGUUUUGUUUGGCGAGAAUAUUAGAAGAGGAUAUGCAACUAUCCGGUUAUAAUUUAAAGGCAGGGACAGUAGUCCUGUGUCAGAAUAUGAUUGCUUGUCAUAAGGACAACAAUUUUAAAGAGGCCAAAACAUUCCGUCCCGAAAGAUGGAUUGAUAAGGAUGGAAAUUUUAGUGUAAAUAUUCAAAGUUCGACCAUAGUGGUGCCUUUUGGCAUUGGUAAGAGAACGUGUCCGGGUAAACGAUUUGUCGAAAUGGAAACUGUUUUACUGCUAGCAAAGAUUUUACUUGCCUUCGAUGUAAGCUUCACAAAACCAUUGGAAACGGAAUUUGAAUUUCUAUUAGCGCCUAAAACUCCCCUAAGUUUAGUGUUGCGUGAUCGUGUGUUUUGAAAAUUAAAAUGUGUACAUACAACAACAACAAAUACAAACCAACCAACCAACUAACAGCAAUAAAAUAGAAACAUUAACAGCAGAAUGAGAAUGAUUAACAGAGAAACAUUUAACAUUUAACAAAGUAUUCAUUUAGUUUAUAAGAAUUGCCAGAUUAAAAUCAAAUAACACAAGAAAUCUUUAAAGAAAAAUCAACUAAACUACUACUAAACCUCCUCCUGUUUUAACGUGUCUUAUAAAAUUUAAGCUUAGCAUAAAUUUUAUUUAAAAAAAAUCAAAUUUUUGUUCUUGUAAUUAUUAAAAAUAUUUAAUUUCUUUAUGAAAAUUAUUAUUUUUUUUUUGUUAGUUUUUAAGUAGCUGCAUUUUUUGAGUGUGUGUGAGAGUAACGAAAGACUGUAAACGAUUUGCAAUUUAAUGUUAUUUAUUAUAGAAACAAAGAAAAAAAAAUUAAUUAAUAAAAAAACAGAAACAAUAUACAAAAAAAAAAUUAAAUAAAUAAAUAAACAUGUAAAUAAAUUGAAAAAUAUACCUAUAAA